AUGCUAAAGCAGAUACACUUGAACAUCCCUUUAGUUGACAUGCUCCGUGAGGUCCCAAAAUAUGCAAUAUAUAUUAAGGAUAUAGUGGAAAAUAAGAGGAGGUUAACUGAAUUUGAGACCAGCGCACUUACUGAGGAGUGCACUUCCUGGAUUCAACAUAAGCUUCCACAAAAGAUUAAGGAUCCGGGUAAUUUUACCAUCCCUGUGAAGAUUGGUGAAAUUGAUGUGGGUAGAGCCUUGUGUGAUUUGGGUGCAAGUAUCAAUCUGAUGCCGUUGUCAGUGUUCAAACAAUUGGGAUUAAGAGCUCCGAGACCCACCACGAUGCUGCUACAGUUAGCUGAUAGAUCUUAUGUUUAUCCUGAGGGGGUAAUUGAGGACGUCUUGCUGCAGAUUGGGAAGUUUAUUUUCCCUGCAGAUUUUAUCAUCAUCCUGGACUACGAGGCUGAUGAGUUAGUUCAUAUCAUCUUGGGACAACCUCUUUUGGCCACUAUAGAUGCCAUUAUCAAAGUCCGAGAAGGUAAGAUGAUUCUGAGUGUGGACAAUGAAGAAGCGGUCUUCAAUGUAUAUCGAGCUAUUCAGUUGCUUCGUCAUUACGAGGACCUGGCCAUGGUUUCUGUGGUGAAGAUAAAUGAACCAACCAUAGAGCCAAGUGCAUUUAAAUAA